CACAGUGGCUCAGUACGCUACCCGUCGCCGAACCAGUCGCACGGCCCAGUCACCUCAAGCAAAACGCAACCGCAAACGUGUGUGUGCCCGGAGGAAGUGUCCGAUCGAUCGUGUACCAAUUUCUUCGGCUCCUCACUUGGCGUUGCGUUCAAGUCUCCCAGUGGACUUCGUUUCGCGUGUGCAUUGAAUCUUGUAAACCAAGCCUCCAACAAAAAGCAAAACAUGGCCAACAAACUUAUCACCAGCCAGUGCAUCCGAUUCGGAGCCAUCGCGAUGGUACUUUGUGCAUUGCUCACCAUCACACCCUGCAGCGCCCGUCCCGCCAUCGAAGGGGACGAGUCGGCUGACGGUAAAAUUGUCAAUCAGAGUGCAAACAUCAACCUGCCCCGGUCGAGCAUACUGGACAACAUAUUCAACAUCCCAAUCCAAACGCUGAAGGCCGUUAACGAUCUGGUGCAGAGCAUUGCCGGAAAUUUGCAGCAAGCCGGUUCCGGCACCUACUUCCGGGCACGGUCCACCAGCAACGUGCGCAACAUAAACGUCAACGUGGACGACGAGGAGAACGAAACCGACGAAGGGAAGAAGAAGACCGAGAAGAACUAAAAGCUGGAGGAAGAAAAAAAUAAACCCAGCAUGCCACCAACCGGGUGUUGCGUUCGAGGUUUUUGCAUCGACAGGGCCGCUAAUUGCAUUCAUCGGUUCGAGCAGAAGAGGCAACUGCAUCGGGUGGUGCGCAACACACAUACGCAUGUUGGGUUUUGCACGUAAUUGUUAUUAUUACUGGCGUAAUUGUAAAUACUGUAAGUAAGUUCUGUGAUCGAUCGCGAGGGUUCUCCGGAUGGGCCGCGAUGGCGAUGGCGUUCCAAGUACGUUUCGAGUUUUUAUACACCAGAGCAGAUCGGUAGCGUAUUUGAAUGAUGGUAUGCUUUAGUGGGCUUUUUGUAGUUUGGCUCAACAAUAAAAUUCGCCGUAUCAUCUGA